ACUUUACUGGUGAGGGGAAGACUGUUUGCACAAGCAGGGGUCUGACAUGAACACUGCUAUAACAACAUGCAUGGUUAUCACACUGGAAAACAUCUGGCAAAAUGUCUCUAAUCAAUAGUCUUGUGAAUUCCUUUCUGGCUGUUUAUCUUUGUACUAAUCUCGGUAAACAGAUUCUGCAUGUGAAUAUAUAAUGUAUGAUUAGUUGGGCCCGAAAUCCUUCUUACUUUUCUGCAUGUUUUAGACGCCUGCAGGUAAACAGUUAUGUUUUGUUUUUUUCUGUAUUUGGAGGGAGGACUUAUUGAUUUCACGAUCAGAUUAUGUCCCGCUUUCACUCAAAACCCUGCGCUCACACUCAAAUAUACCCUGCCUGUGCUUAUUUCCUGAGCUUCAGCUCUCCUCCUCCUUGGGCUCGCACUGCUCAGAUUUUCCUUCUGCUCUCGGAUAGUAGGCAAAAUAUCGGACGUUUGGAAUAAACCCCAUUGGAGAGCAAAAGAGGCCUAACGCAAAGUCUAUAAUACAUGCAACUGUUUUCUUUUUAUUUGUCUGUAUUCAUAGGCGGAUACCUGUUCGUCUGGACCCAAAACGCCCACAAAAAGUAUCACUGUGUGUUUUGUACAGAGACAUCUUUGAAUUGUGUAAGAUCUGCCAUGCCGCCGAGGCUUCCUGUCUAUCUCCUCAUUUCUUUGCAGGUUCUCCUGGUGCAGGGGAGCACCACCAGUUCAUCUGGGAAGAGCUCUGCUCCCCCAGCCAGACCUCCAGCCCGCCCGCCGCCUCCCCUGGGGGACCCCAGCUGGGCUCUGGGUCUGCGCCUGUAUCAGGCCCUACGCUCCGACCCCAGCUCAGUAAACACCCUGUUUUCACCUCUGCUUUUGGCCUCCUCACUUGGAGCGCUGGGUGGAGGAGCUGCGGGCUCCACUGCCAACCAGCUCAAAGACCUCCUCAAGACUCCCACCCCCUCCAAGGCCGGAGCCCAGGCAGGGGAGAUUCUGUCCAGGGCGUUGAAGAGCUUCGCCAAAGCCAACGCGACCACUUUUCACCUGCACACGUCCUCAGCUGUGUUUUCCAAGCAAGCCCCUGCGAUCAGUCAGGCCUUUGUGAAGGACAGCCGGGCCAAGUUCGGGCUGCAGCAUCAGCCACUGGGGAAAGGAGACUCCAAGGCUGACCUGAAGCAGCUCCAUGACUGGGCUAAAGAUGGGCUUGGGGGGCUGGAGGCAGCUCCUAUGGAGGCAGAAAUCAAGGCCAAGGCCGGAGCCUUGAUACUGGCUAAUGCCCUGCACUUUAAAGGGCUGUGGGAGAGAGAGUUCAGCGAGGGGAGCACGGAACGUCGAACCUUCUUGGGGAAGAAAUACACCAAAGUGGUGAUGAUGCACAGAGCAGGUUUGUUCCGUCACCAUGAAGACAUAGAAAACAUGGUGCAGGUCCUGGAGGCGCCGCUGCGGGGAGGCAAGGCCAGCAUGGUGCUCCUGCUGCCCUUCCACGUCGAGAAUCUGGCUCGGCUGGACAAGCUGCUGACCCUGGAGCUGCUGUCCACGUGGCUGGAGAAGACCAAUGUCACCAGUGUGAGCAUCUCUCUGCCCAAGGCGAACAUUUCCAGCACGUUCAGUCUGCAUAAACAGUUGCUCGCUCUGGGCUUGACCGAUGCCUGGGACCAGAAGGUGGCCGAUUUCUCCGGCAUGUCCGUCAAGAGCAAAGGGAAGCUUCAUCUGGGUGGCGUCCUCCACUGGGCGUCCCUGGAGCUGGCUGCUCAGGCCGGGACAGGGGAAGCAGAUCUAGAGGAGGAGAACGUAGGAAAGACCAAGCUGUUCUACGCCGAUCACCCCUUCAUCCUCUUCGUUCGAGACAACGCUACCGGAGCCCUGCUGCUGAUGGGAGCUCUGGACCACGCAGACGGAGAGGCCCUCCAUGAUGAACUGUAGCGCCAUCUACCAUCUAUCCCUUUCAUUUUUUAAAAAUCUCUUUCACAAACUUUCUUCGUCAAGACAUUGCCAUUCACUAUGGCACAGUAUCACAUCAAACUACGUCUGGCUGUCAUACACUGACACUGCAUAGUCUGGAACUGACUGACACUGACACUGACAUUGCCAUACCUGAUGCCUACUGACACACACACACACACACACACACACACACACACACACACACACACACACACACACACACACACACACACACACACACACACAAAGUGACACCUACAUGGCAUACAUAAAUGAAAAAUCGGUAUAAGACAAUACGAAAGUUGACAGUUACAGCAAAAACACUUACUUUGAGAGACUGGUUGCUUUCUUCUCUCUCUCACGCCUGCACGCACAAACGCACACACACACACACACAAACACACUCAAUGAUCAAGCCUACACAAAUGACAAGAGUGCACUGACAAACACCAACAUGCUGACAAGCAAAAGUGGCUACACUGACACGACACUCACAGCAGCAGGUUUUUUAGCGGACAGAAGCUCACACUGACACUUGAAUCCUCCCUGUCAGGACAACACCAGGACAGGUGGGAGUGUGUGUAUGUAGUGUGUCUGUGUGCGUGUGUGUGUUUGUGCGUGCGUGGUGACCAGCAUGUUAAGGACGCCCAUGCAGCCUGUCGCAGAGCUGGCGGGGACCUGUGGCGGGGUCUCCUGGGCAAGAUCUGAGGAAGACUGAUGGAUCGGCCAAGUGCUUAUUGAUGAGCCAGCUUAAUGCUAAUGGCCGUAAUGAGUCACGACGCGUGUCAACAACACGGAGAGGACAGGGAACCUUUUAAUCUCUUAAUACCAGCAGCGAUCAAUUUCGCUGCGAUGCUGUUGGAAACAAACAUGACUGACAUCGCUUGACUUAAAUGUAGAGGCUUAAUAUUUAGGACGAUUACAUCAAAGAGGUAUUGAUUGUAACUUGUGUUUUUGUCCUUUAUAUCGAGCUCCAUGAUGGAUGGAUGAAUGAGUUGACUGAACAGUGUGGAAAACGAUUUAAAAAAUUUUCUAAAGAUA